AUGCUUGCCAAGAAGCAUUCGAUGGAACACCGGCGGUCAAUUGCCACCACGACCACAUCGACGACAGCUUCUUCGAGCGUAUUCAGUCUAUCAAAUAUUGCGAACAAUAUCAAUAACAACAGUAAUCAUGGCUCAAGUUCGUUUGAUCUCGGUUCAAUUCCCGAUAUUCCGAGACGUAUUCCUCCGAGAAUUGGUUUACUUCGCCACUUGUCAGGGUUUCUGGAAUCAAAACGAGAUCUCAUGAAUGAUUGGGAAAUCGGUGGCACGCAGAACAAAUGGGUUUGUCCAAGCGAUCGGCAUCUUCAAUUAAGAGCACAAUUGAAAUCUGGCUGGUCAAAUCGAACAGCGACUGCUCGUUCGCCGACAAAUUCCAAAGGUCAAAAUGGAAUCAUCAGCGAUGCUGAGCAAGAGCAUAUUCGGCAGGUGCUCGCCAAAGCCGAGGAGAGCCGUCAAAAAGAACAGCAACGAAUUGGGAAAAUGGUGGAUCGUCUAGAAAAAAUGAGGCGACGUGCGACUGGCAACGGCGUCACACACUGCCUCUUAUGUCAUACCGAAUUUGGGCUUCUAGCUUCUAAAAGCUACGCAGCAAUGUGUGUAGAUUGUCGAAAGUAUGUCUGCCAACGGAAUUGUGGAGUCGAAACUCAGGAUCCGUCUCGUGGUGGAGAGCUUGUGUUUCUGUGCAAGAUUUGCGCGGAAGCCAGAGAGGUGUUAUGGAAAAAGUCAGGAGCGUGGUUCUACAAGGAGAUGCCAGACUUUCAAAGGCCCGACAUGAUUUCCGGGCCUAGCACGAGCUAUGCAAAUGGCUCCGCAAUUAUGAUGGCGAGCCCACCAAUUGCAAUUCCACCAACCGGGAUGAGCUCUCCUCGUCAGCCUUCUUGGGCAAUGAGUCAGACGUCGAGUCCUGUUCCCAGUGGAAGUCCGGUGGCAGUUCCACGGCGGCCUACAAAUGAAGUACCAAGCACGAGCCGAGCAAGUAUCUGUUCCAUGCUUCAAGCCAUCGAGCAGCCUGAAAGAUCAAAAUCUCCACGACCGCGAAUUCAGCCAAGUUGGGUCAAAGAGAAAGUGAUGAGCAGUAUGUCAAUUGAUGAUGAAGAAAAAGCGGUGUCUUCGGAUGGCGAAAGUAGUUUCGCACAAUCAGGAAUUAUACGAAGACCGCCAAAAAGUUCGAAUAAUCAAACAACAAUACCGAAUAGAAGAGAAGCUAAUCUCGCUAGAUUCGCAAUGAACGCGGGUACCAUUUAUGACAGCGAAGAUGAUUCGUCUCCCGAAUCACACGCAUCAACCCGAUCGACAACUUCUCCCCGAAGAAGUCUCGCAACGCCUUGUUCGUACGACGCCAGCGCCACGCAAGAUAUUAAUCAACACGACGACGUAAGAAGCAUUGACAGCGGAGUUGUUCAAUCAGACCAUUCAAAUCCGCAACAAGGUGCCCUCACGCUGUCAUCAUCUUCACUUACACCAAUCACACAGUCCCAUAACAACAAUCAAUGCGAAUCGCCAAGACGAGUAUCGAACGCCGAACCAUCUUCACCAAAUGUUACCCAAAGAAUUUCUUUAGUAACACCACCACCAUUGCCUUCACGGACCUCGCCUAGUCCAGAUCAUAAAAUGAGCAGCGGAAGCUCUGCGAGCAGCAAUGUCAGCACGAAGAAAGUAGAACCACAAUAUGCAUUGAGCUCAAUAUUUAACAGUUCGGCUGCUCCGAUGAGCUCUCCUGAUGAAGAACCAAAGCUGAAAAGUACGCGCCGAAACGUAGUGAAUCGCAUCAAUUCACUUCAGCUCCGUACAUCUCUAGAUGAAGUGCCGACAACGCCAAAACCAGUUGUGACGUCUUCUUCUGAGGCCAGAUUCCAGCCGGAAUCAGAAACCGCCGACGCUGAAGUGACGCCGACAAUUCAGCGUCGAAAAAAAUCGGCCGAGGUCGCUCCGUCGAUGGCUGAAGAAUCGGCGACGACCUCGACAUGUGAUCCGGGUGCGGCUCCCAGAUUCUCAUCGCGUGCUCGUGUUUCGUCGUUGGUGUCGUGUUUUUGCAUGCGUAAAUUGAAUCGCUCCCUUGGGUCGAUUCAAUUCAAUUUAACGUAUCAUACUCAUGAGAAGAAGCUUGUCGUCCAUUUAAUUCGUGGCAAGAAUCUGAAAGCAAUGGAUUCAAAUGGAUUCUCUGAUCCCUAUGUUAAGCUUCAUCUUCUACCGGGUAUUGCGAAGGCAACCAAGUUGACAUCGAAAACAAUUGAAAAGACAUUAAAUCCCGAAUGGAACGAAGAAUUGGUUUACUAUGGAAUAACGGAAGAGGAUAAGCAAAAGAAAACAUUGAGGAUUACCGUACUCGAUAGGGAUCGAAUCGGAUCAGAUUUUCUUGGAGAGACUCGUGUCGCAUUGCGGAAACUUCCAAACAAUACGACGAAAAAAUACAAUUUGUAUUUGGAACAUGCAAUUCCUGUUCCCGCUCAAACGAAGCAAAGCGAAGAGGAAGAGCGCGGAAAAAUUCACGUCGGACUUCAGUACAACAUUCAGCAGGGUUCGCUGUUUGUUCACAUCAACCGUUGCGUCGAACUGAUUGGAAUGGAUUCCACUGGAUUUUCGGAUCCAUAUUGCAAAGUGUCACUAACUCCAAUUACUUCUAAAGCACAUCGACAAAGGACUUCUAUUAAAAAACGAACUUUAAAUCCCGAAUUCAAUGAGACAAUUCAAUUUGUGGUCCCUUUCAAAGACUUACCUAAAAAGACGCUUCAAAUUGGAGUCUACGACCAUGAUUUAGGCAAACACGAUGAUUACAUCGGCGGAAUUCUUCUUUCGGCAUCUGCCAAGGACGAGCGUGGCCUUCAAUGGAUAAAAUGUAUUGAAAAUCCAGGAACACUCGUCGAAAAUUGGCAUAAGCUCGAACUCGAUAGUUAA